AUGGGCGUCACCCCGUUCCACCGUUCCAUCCUCGAAGUCCAGUUGCCGAAACACUUCGACAAACCAACGGACAUGAGGUACGAUGGAACUCAAGACCCCCUAAAACAUCUCACGGCUUUCGAGGCGAGGAUGAACCUAGAGGGGGUAGGGGACGAGGUAAGGUGCCGAGCUUUUCUGGUGACCCUGGCGGGACCCGCAAUCAGGUGGUUUAACGGCCUCCCGCAGGGAUCCAUCUACAGCUUCUCGGACAUCAGUCGUGCGUUCCUGGCCCAGUUUACGACGCGAAUAGCAAAGGCAAAGCACCCAAUCAACCUUUUGGGGAUAACACAAAGACAGGGAGAGCCGACCAGAAAGUACCUGGAUCGGUUCAACGACGAAUGCUUGGAAAUCAACGGCUUAACCGACUCGGUGGCCAGCCUCUGCCUGACGAACGGCCUCCUCAACGAAAACUUUCGAAAGCACCUUACCACGAAACCAGUUUGGACGAUGCACGAGAUCCAGACGGUAGCCAAGGAGUAUAUAAACGACGAGGAAGUCAGUCGUGUCGUGGCUGCCAAUAAGCGACAGUCCGGCUACAGCCAAGCUCGGCAACAAGGUAACGGAGAAAGAGCAAAGGAGCAAGCCAGGGAGGAGGCACCAAGCAAGACACCCAGGCCGUUCCCUCGGGUCGGGAAAUUCGCUAACUACACCCCACUCACUCUCCCUAUCAUGGAAGUCUAUCAGCAAAUAGCCGAGAAGGGCAUUCUGCCGAAGCCCCGACCACUCAAGGAUCGUACGGGAGGAAACAAGAACCUCUAUUGUGACUACCACAAGGGUUACGGCCACUAA